AUGUCAGGAUACCGCGCUGCACUCCGGUGGUACUACAAGCGGGAAGACGUUGCGAUGCCAGUGGAGUACUCAAAACGAUAUUCACAGGAAUGCACCGUCUAA